CAUGGGGGAAGAAGGCGGCGGCCGCAGCUGUGGGAUCACUAGGGACCUGCAGAAGCUGAAGCAGCAGGCGAUGGCGUACUACCAGGAGAACGACGUCCCGCGCAGGCUGGAGGAGCUGCUCAACUCCACCUUCUACCUCCAGCCCGCAGACGUCUACGGGCACCUGGCAAACUACUUUUCUAAACUUGCAAAGCCUCCCUCUAUAUGCAAAAUAGUGGGGAAAAUCAUCCUGGAUGGAAUGGGACUCCCUACGCUACAGGUGGAAAUCUCCUGCACCAUUCAAAAUUUCCCCAAGUACAUCUGUUCCGUGGUGAUACCUGCUCACUUUGAAGUCUCCGAGAAUGCUUUGCCAGAAGUAGUGGAUGCCGAGGAGGCAGAAAGGCACCAGGCAGUGAACGCGGCUCUGCAGUGGGUCAAUGAAUCCAUCACAGAGGAGCUGUGGGGUCUGAACCCCUCCAACCAGGCAGAAGUGGACCACAGGCUCAGAAUAUUCUUUGAAAAUAAAGUACAAGAAGAUAAAGAGAGAAAAGAACUGGAAAGGAACUCUGAGGAGCCAGUGCAUGCACCUCCACCUGUAAUUCCUCCACCACCUCCUCCACCCCCCACCAAAAAGAAAGGACAGAAGCAAGGACGGAGGGACACUCUUUUGGAAAAACCUAUUAUACCCCCAGAACCCCCUGAACCAGUCCUCCAUGGCAGCAUGGCCAUAGGAGCUACGUCACUAGCUGUUGCUAAAGCCAGUGCCAGACUGACCGGUAUUCCUCUGUACAUGAACAUGGCGUCACUAAAGCACGGCCAGGAGCAGCCGUCGAUGCUCACUAUGCCUUUGCUGAUGGGAUCUGUACUCAGCUGUGGGAAGUCAUCACCUGGGAAGCUAAAUUUAAUGAAAGAAGUGAUUUGUAUACCCCAUCCUGGAUUAACAACCAAACAAGGUAUAGAUUUGCUUCUGGAAAUUCAGAAACAAGUUAACAGAGUGAUGGAGACGCCCCCACCUCCAAAACCAGAGACCAAAAAAGGGCAUGAUGCAGGCAAAAGAGGUCAGCAGCCAAUCACUGGCAAGAUGUCUCACCUUGGCUGUCUAACGGUUAACUAUGACACCUUAGAGCAGCCACUGCUUCUGAUUCAGGGGAUCUGCUCGAACCUGGGGAUAGAGCUGGGAAUGAGCCUGCACCUGGCCAUCAACUGCGCUGCGCACGAGUUGAUGGACUAUAGUAAAGGGAAGUACGAGGUGAUGGCGGGCACGUACAAAAGCAUGGCUGAGAUGGUGGACCUCUACGUGGAUCUGAUCAACAAGUAUCCUUCCAUUAUUGCCUUAAUUGAUCCUUUCAGGAAGGAGGACGCCGAACAGUGGGACAGCAUCUAUAAUGCUCUCGCUCCCAGGUGCUACAUAAUUGCAGGGGCUGCUUCCAGAAGCGUCUCUAAACUCCUAGAGCACAGAAAUAUCAGCACCCCCAAAUCUCACGGGCUGAUCAUAAACCAUACAAACCAAACCACAAUGUCUGACUUGGUAGAAAUAACCCAUCUUAUCGACGGUAAGAAGCAGCUCGCCAUCUUGGGGAGCACGGAAGCAGAGUCCUCUGAUGACAGCCUUGUCGAUCUGGCUGUUGGACUCGGUGCCCGGUUUAUCAAGUUGGGGGGUCUUUCUCGGGGUGAACGGGUGACCAAAUACAACCGCCUUCUGGCUAUAGAGGAAGAACUCAUCCAGAGUGGAACAUGGGGUUCCAGUGAAGAACACAAUUUUGCUUCCUUUCAAGAGGAUGCUGAAAAGACACCAGAGGCUGUUGCUGAGGAAACUCUUGGUCCCCUGGACUCCAUCUUCCCCCCAGAAGUUGUGGAGGAAUCAGCUAAACUAUGAGCCUCAUGGGGCUGGACUCCCAGGGGAUAGCAGUACUGCGAGUGUUGUCUGUGUCUGUGGUGUGAAGAGUCUCCACGCUGGCUCGACUCUUCACUCCACCAGCUCGUGCAUUCUUUUUAUUCUUUUGGUCUCACCGUUGGAUAAAAUCUCUCUCUGAUGGUUUUGUCUGAA